AUGGCUGAUAGUCUUGACAUGGAGACGCUGCUAGACAUGGCGUCGACAGACAGGAGUACGAUUCCCGCCGUCUUUUCUUCAGACCCGGAUAUUGCUCGCUUUAUGGAACCUGCGUUCUUACCACCACCGUCGAGGCUGGCGGACUCCUCGACCAGUCAUAAUUCUAUGGUACCAUCAACGGUCGACGCACAGCAGGUGGCGAUCAUGCCUUGGGAAGAGGAGAAGUUGACUACGUAUGCGCCAAGUCAUCAACAGGACUACUCUGCGAGCGCCAAGUUUACCGACGUUGGUAUUCCUUCUUCCGUUCAUCCUUCCUCUUUCUCGUCCGGACAGGUGGACCUUGCAUUGGGGCUAGAGCACACGAUGGUCUCCACUGCUUCAUCCCAAGACGAUAAUCAGUGGCAGAUGUACUUGAACACCUCGAACUCUCACUCAGGUUCGAUCCCUAGCUCCACUUCUUGGGUCGACGGCCUCAACUGCGUUACGCCGUCUUCAAGCAUCGCAAGCAUGACCUAUCCUGUAGAGGAACCUGCGUUCGACUUAUCUCAUCUAGCUCUCCCUCCCCCGACUUUUACCGUUGCUGAACCCACUCAGUCAGUCGCCCAUUCGAUCCCGAUGUACUCAAAUCAUCACCACGAGCUUGAGGGCGUCAUGUCGCAUCUCUCUGUCGGUCCUGGCCAUACCCAUCAAUUCAUAACGCCUUCUCGAACUCAGUACACAAAAGUUCAACGAGAAGCUAACGAACGGGCUUAUCUCUCGAAAUUAACGGCUCCUUACCUUCAUUGCAGUUCUUCUCAUCUUUCGCCCUUCCCAGCACGUCUCGAGCCCCUCGCGCAGUCGACUCCCUACCAGUCACCCAAUUCCUCACCGUCUCGAGGUCGAUCGCCAAUCUUGGGUCCAAAAAUGCAUUUUGCGCCUCAGCCGAUUCGGAAGGGUCGGGGUCUUUCAGGCUGGGGACAAACUAGUCCCGUCGAGUUCCCGACAUUAGGCUCUGACGCGAAGCUUGCGUCCCACAUCUCUCCACUUCCAUCGCCGGCCCUUCCGUCGUCGUUCAAGCUUUCUGAUACUGCCAUCUCAAGCGCUAGCAGUGAAGGCAGCACUAGGCAUAUGAGACCCACCAGGCGUAGUCGUAGAUCCGCGAUUUCCCUCACUCUGCCCGGGCACAUGGGCAAGGGGGAUACUUACGACUCGGAAGAAGAUGACGACGGCGGGGACGACGACCAUUCGGAUUUCUAUCAACCAUCCCGAUCCCCUUCUGUUGAUCUCUCCAAGUCUGAGUCGCUCCCUUCGUCGCCAUUCAUUUUCCCGGACUUUGCUCCUAUGAAUACGUUACCGAAGAAUGGCAGGAGGAGAACUAGAAGGGGGAAGGGGAAAGCCAAAGGCAGCGCAGCUCUUGCUUUGGCGGUCGUCACCCAGAUGAGUGCCAAGGAGAGCGGUAGCCUAGGUAUUGGGAGCCAAGGCUCGGUGGAAGCGGACGAAGAAUCUUUGGAUGAAGAUGGGCGAAAUUCGAGAGGUAUCCAGGCGGGCAGGAAACGCAAGAAUAAUCCCAUUCCGCUUCCCGUUCCUGUGCCGCACCUUAUCAAGAAGAGUAGAGGAAGGAAGGUCCCUUACGUCGCCCCUGACAAGGUUACAGCUGAGAGCGAUGCUAUCAAGGUGGAUGUCUCGAGUGGUGGGUCUCCUGCUGGUCAAGACGAAAAAUCAAACGAGAUGGAUGAUGACGGUGAGACCUUCAAGCCGUCGGUGCGUGGGGGUCGAAAAAAAAGCACCACGUUAUACAGUCUAGGCGAGGGAGGGAAAAGGACGUAUGUCUGCGUUGUCCCUGGUUGCGGCAAGUGUUUCGUUCGCGGCGAACACUUGAAGCGCCAUGUUAGGAGUAUUCAUACACACGACAAGCCGCAUCCCUGUCCUUACAAGGGUUGCGACAAGUCUUUUAGCCGUCGCGAUAACCUUGGUCAACACGUUCGCAUUCAUCUUGAGUCGUGA